AUGAAAUACAAAGUGUGGAUGGACAAAACGAAUAUGGGUGAUGACAUACUCGUGAGUAUGGCAAGGGCUGUUGAAAAUUCAUAUAUCGUACUUCUGUGCAUCAAUACACAAUAUUAUCGAAGUCAUUAUUGUCGUUUAGAAGCUGAAUAUGCAGCUGAAAAACGAAUAAGGUUUAUUCCAUGCAUGGUGGAGAAAUCAUUUCGUGCUGAAAGCUGGCUGGGGAUAAUCAAAGGCAGCAGUCUUCAUGUUGAUUUUUCGGUGCAUGAGAAAUUCAAGGAAUCAUUUAAAGAAUUAAUUCGAUUAAUUAGUCAGAUUGAAAAACAAUUAUGCGUACAGCCACGUAAGUUUCUGCUUUGCACAGGAAAUAUUUUAGUGAUUAAUUUAGGUCGAGCACCAACACCAUGUAAUUUUUCUGGUCGAGUGUUGUUUGGAGACAUGUCUGCAACAAAUGCAGAAAGUCCAACACAUACACAUGAUCAACAUACUUACCGUUGUAAUUCAAUUGUUGAACAAUAUAAAAGAUCGAUUCACAAAGAAGAUCAUGAUUUAAAGCACCUGAAGCAUCAUCAACUAUUAGAUCUUAUCAAUAAAUUAUUACGACAACAAUCAACUACAAAAACGUCAAGAUCAUCACGUUAUAGUUAUAGUGAACAAUCAGAUGAAGAUACGAAACAAGUGUGUCACUGUAAUCAGCACGUUGAAAAAAUAUGCAACCGAGUAUUAGACAAAAAUGAACGGUUUGAAAAAAUAUGCAAUCGUGUAUUGGAUAAAAAUGAACAUUUGAUUAAGCAACAAGAUCGUUUGAAAUGCGGCACCUUCGAUGUAAAAAAAUCUCAUAGUUUUGAAGAUUAUGCAUUCAUUACUACGAUGUUACCUUGUUUUUUAUUGUGCACGUUAUUGAUUUUUCUUGUAAAAAACGAAUAUAUUAUAUGA